UAUUAUUUAUUUUUUUUAUGACAGCGCGUCACACACUCGUGUGUGUUUUGGGGAAGUGUGCGUGCGUGUGUGAAGAAGAAGCUUUCGGCUCGCCUGCCAUCUGAUUCACAGAGACAUCUGAUGGGGAAAGACAGAGCACCGCUUCAAUGCGGAUUUCUAUUUAAAUGAAAGCGCCUGGCUGCAGCGGCACACCGGCGGAACCGGCACCGAUGCGCCCCCGACGCGCUCCAAUUUCUAUUUCUAGGCAAACAACAACAACAACAAAGUGUAAACCGUUUUUGUUUAUCUGCACAACAAGGAUGGACUGAGACGCGUUUGAACGAAGACGUGAAAAGCUCCAGCAGGUCAGUGAUCUGUAUUUCUCGCCUGUGCGCGUUUGGAUAAAUGAUAGGAGAUACGAUGACCCUGCUGUCUCUACUGGGCCGGAUCAUGCGCUAUUUCUUACUAAGACCGGAGACGUUGUUUCUGCUGUGCCUGAGCCUGGCUUUAUGGAGCUAUUUCUUCCACACCGACGAGGUGAAGACUAUUGUGAAGUCGAGCCGCGACGCCGUGAAAAUGGUCAAGGGCAAAGUGGCCGAGAUCAUGCAGCACGAGAGGUUCGGCCUGGACCAGGCGGAGAUCUCCAAGAGCUGGGAGCUGAAGAGCCCCGGAGCCGCCGUGUACGCCAUCCAGGGGCGCAGAGAUCACAUGGAGGACCGUUUCUCCGUGCUCACCGACCCGGUCAACCGGAGCCACCCGUCUAUUUUCGGGAUUUUCGAUGGGCACGGUGGAGAGGCAGCAGCAGAAUACGUGAAAACUCGCCUGCCAGAUGUCCUGAAGCAGAACCUACAGAGUUAUGAGAAGGAAAAAGAAAACAGUCUUUUAUCGUACCAAUCCAUCCUGCAGCAGCAGAUCCUCAAUGUGGACAAGGAGAUGCUGGAAAAGCUCUCUGCCACCUAUGAUGAAGCAGGAACAACAUGCCUGGUGGCGAUGUUGUCUGAUAAGGAACUGACAGUAGGUAACGUCGGUGAUUCCAGAGGGGUUUUGUGUGAUAAAGACGGUAAUGCCAUCCCCCUGUCAUAUGACCACAAACCCUACCAGCUCAAAGAGCGCAAGAGGAUCAAGAAAGCAGGUGGAUUCAUUAGCUUCAACGGCUCAUGGCGCGUGCAGGGAAUCCUGGCUAUGUCUCGAUCUCUGGGCGACUACCCGCUUAAGAAGCUAGACGUGGUCAUCUCUGAACCUGACAUCGUGACAUUUGACCUGGAAAAACUGCAACCCGAGUUCAUGAUUCUGGCGUCGGAUGGCCUGUGGGAUGCCUUCAGUAACGAGGAGGCCGUGCGCUUCAUCCGUGAGCGCCUCGAUGAGCCACAUUUCGGCGCCAAGAGCAUCGUCCUGCAGGCGUAUUACCGUGGCUGCCCAGACAACAUCACAGUCAUGGUGGUUAAAUUCAAAAAGAGUGGCACCAAAGCGCCCGAGCAGUGAACCCCGUCCGAUACAUACUAAUAAUAUAUUCAGCAUUAUCGGUAUGACUUCCAGUCUAUUCGAAUAUAUUAUUGGCUCAUAUGUAAAGAUGCAAAAGGAAAACCAUGUCAUGACUAUUUUUGGAGCAAGAACUGUUUAUAAAAUAAAGUCAAAUUAAAGUCAACUCAUCAUCAAUCAUUCCAUUAUGAAACGUUCCUAAAUUCGUUGUUUAAAAUAGUGACUGGGGUGAGAAACUUUAUGAAAAGCUACAGCUUGUGUAAUGGAGUAACAGAUUCAAGGGUUCAUAACUUCUUAAAAUUGCCUCAUCUUCAUUUAUUUAUGUUAGAGAAUUAUUCAGGAAUUACUAUGAUAUGAAAGUGAACAAUUUAUGACCAGGGUGUGGGAUAUAAAGUGUUUAAAUUAUGACAGAUUUUACAGGACGGUUCACGCAGCCUCCAGUAGAAUUCGUUCUGACAUCGAUAAUUUCCUAAGGCAAGACACCACAGGUCAUAAAAAAAAAAAAUUAUCAAAACAGAAAAAAGGUUCUGCGUUUACUCGGUAAUCGUGUUAUAUGAAAUCAUGAAGAAGUCUUACAGCGCAACCACAUCAUCAUACUAUCUUCGCGCAUACAUGUUCAUCACUAUCCCUAAUCAGAUGCUACUCACAGAUAUAGUAAAAAAGUCCCAAAUAUUUCACUAUUGUUGAAUUCGCAUUCAAUUUUAUACUGAAAAAAAAUGGUGUAAAAUAUGUUUUAUAGCGCUGCACGCUAGCUUCUUGAUUAGCAAUGCAAAAAACUUUUGAAAAUGUCUUUAUUAUUAUAACAACAUUUUAAUUCUAACAUUAAAAGGCUGCUUAUUAUUUAGGGAUUUUGUUUAGUCUGUAAAUUCAUGGAUAUUAAAUUAUACAAAGUUUCAGAUGCAUAAAUGAAAAUAAUGCACAGAAAGUUCAAGUACAAAAAAAACACUUCAGCCUCAGAAUACCAGCAACAAGCGAAGAUAAAUCGUGAUACGUGUUGUUUAGUUCACUUGUAGUGUCUUGUCUUCUGUUCUAUUCAUUUGAACUAAAACCGAUCUAGGACACCAUUUUGUGAUCUGGAAACACCUUCUAUUCAAAGAAUAACUAGUAUAAAGUUCUCAAAACAUCAUUUUAACAUUGUUUUUACUUUAUCCAUUCUGUUUGUCUGGUUAGCCGUAAGUAUAAUAGCGAAUUCACGAUAUUAUUGAACUAAUAUAGUGAAGAGAUCAUAAGUUCCUGUUAUACUGUACCACAGUGUUGUGGAGUUCUCUAAUCUGAUUGGUCAAAAGCAGCCCUGGUUCCAGUUAAUUACAUUAAGUGUGGGCUGGCAAAAAUAAGUCGGAGAUGGGGGACUCGAGUCAAGUCAGACUUAAGUCGCAAAUUUGAGAUUUGCUUGAAAAAUAUUGAAAAAACUUGACUUGACUUUGACUUGACAUUCAUGACUUGAGACUUGACUCGGACUUGGGUUAAAUAACUCAGAGAUGGGGACUCGACUUGACUCGAGUCAGACUUAAGUCGCAAAUUUGAGACUUGAGACUUGCUUGACAAAUAUUAAAAAAAGGCUCGAUUUGACUUUGAAUUGACAUUCAUGACUUGAGACUUGACUCGGACUUGAGUUAAAUGGCUCAGAGAUGGGGGACUCGACUUGACUCGAGUCAGACUUAAGUCGCAGAUUUGAGACUUGCUUGACAAAUAUUGAAAAAAAACUUGACUUGACUUUGACUUGACAUUCAUGACUUGAGACUUGACUCGGACUUGAGUUAAAUAACUCAGAAAUGGGGACUUCACUUGACUCGAGUCAGACUUAAGUCGCAAAUUUGAGACUUGAGACUUGCUUGACUUGCAAAGACUCAACUUGACUUUGACUUGACAGUCAUGACUUGAGACUUACCUGUGACUUGCACAUGUGUGACUUGUACCCAAUAUUGGCUGUGAUGGUUAUUCAAAUCGCUAACCGCCUGGACUGGGGCUGAAAUAGCUGAGAGAUGGUCUGCUUUGGGGCACUUGUUGAGGACUGAGGAGGAGCAGUGCUAGUGGAGGGUAAACUGGAAUUAGCUGUACUGUAUCCUCUGAUGUACUAGCAGCUAGUAUCACUUUAUAGGUUUGAGAUACAGCGAACAAUACAUCAUGUUGUAACGACGGUCGAAUAAAUGUAAUAAAAUUUAAUGUCGGUCAAAUUACAAGCAUCAAUUAACUGCUGCACAGCAAUCACAUAUCGAGAAAAGUAGGUAAACUUUAAAAAAAACAAAAAAGUAAGUACUGAGCCAGAGGCUGUAAGUGACAGUAGCAUGAGGCGAGGGGUUUAAACUGUUCUGUGCCGUGGGGGCGGAGCUUUGUGUGGGGCUGCAGACAGAUCAGUGUCCAUUGGUUGUAGACUGCUCAACCAAUCAGAAGUUAGAAAUCAUGCUGUGUUAUUUUUUUCCUUUGGAUAAAAUAAAAAAAAUUCUAACUUCGAUUGGGUAGGCAAGACCACCCCUGCCCAAUGAAAGAGUGUUUGUUAUUGAUUUAUACCGCUGGUCUAUACAGAUGGAAUUCUAAUUAGAUUAGGCUUAUAUUAAUGUGCUUGUCCUGAUAUUUCACAGUAACAGCUGAUUCACAAGGACUUGUAAGGCUGAUAAUAUAAUAUUUAUUUGUACAAUCAGAUCUAUAACAAAGUAUUUAACAAAGAAAAACGUCAAUCGUCGAUGCUGAAACGGCAAAGUUUUAUGUAACACGAUGUUUACUUAACAUUAAUGGAAGGAGUCUACAGUGUCAGUGCGCUUUCUGGUUUCUCUGUAUCAUGACAGAUUUUUUUGUCUUAUUAAAAACAAAUGUGUUGGUGAGGGAAUGACUGUUUAUAUUCAUAGCAAAUUCUAAAUAAUUUGAUAUAUUUUAGGUUGUGUUUUUAUUGAAAAAUCAUUAACAGUGAAGGUGGAGACAUCGUCCUAAUACUCUGUCUGGGAUUUGUUUUUUAAUGCCUUAUAAUGUGUGUGUGCUAUAAUUUUUAACAGGCAAUGCUUGCUUUGGUAAAUUUGUCUGUAAUUCUUACUCUGUCUAAUCUUGUGCUUUGGCCCCAAAACAAUAAAGGAAAAUUUGUUCGAAAAAUUAACGUAUGUUAUUAUAUACAGUUCUAGAGAUGAUGCACCUUAGGUUCAUUUUGAUCCUGAUUCAGUCUCAAUCCUAAGGAGUGCAGCUGUAACACUCGUCGAAAGCAAGUGCGGAAACUAAUAUAUAACCCGUAUCACGUCAGAAAAAAAAAAGUUCUUGUCGCCUUAUUUUUAAAAAAAAAACUUUCUUGUCGCCUUUUUAUCAUUAUAUUAUUUUCUCAUUUCUGUUGCUUCACCCAAAUGUUAAACUUUCAUAAAGUGUUGUCAUGCACAUCAAAUGUAAAUAUGAUAUUUUGCAUAUUUGAGUCUCGUUGAGACAGACUAAUAACCUGAAUGUACAUAUUCUCUAUCUUAUUAACCACAAUUCCAAUAAUAUAAAAAAAAAGAAAAUGCAUCAAAUUCUGGUUUAUUAAUAUCUGAUGAUAUUUAAUAUCUAAUAGCUUUACAUGUGCUGCUUUGUUAAUUUUUUUGUUUGUUUUUUUGUUUUUUUAAGCUGUCUGUUACCACAGAAUACAGUACGGUUUAAUGUAAAAUGUUUUUUGUUGAUUUAAAAAAUCUGUUUAAAAAAAAAUGUGUGUGAAUUUAAGGGAAAAUGAAAAUGUAACAAUAAAAAGUGCAAGAAUGAAAGACAAAA